AACCAGCAAGAUUAUGUCGUAAGCAAAGGUGAGCGCUAUGAAACGAAGCGGCCUAAGGACUCCGACAUUCAUUACAUCAUGAGCCAAGGCGAGCGCUAUGAAACGAAGCGGCCUAAGGACUCCGAGAUUCUUAAGGGAGACGGUUCUUUCACCGACAAGACUAUGAAGCAGCAAGAUUACAUCAUGAGCAAAGGUGAGCGCUAUGAAACGAAGUGGCCUAAGGACUCCGAGAUUCUUAAAGGAGAUGGAUCGUUCACCGACAAGACUAUGAACCAGCAAGAUUACAUCAUGAGCAAAGGUGAGCGCUAUGAAACGAAGCGGCCUAAGGACUCCGACAUUCUCCACGGAGACGGAUCGUUCGCCGACAAGACUAUGAACCAGCAAGAUUAUGUCAUGAGCCAAGGCGAGCGCUAUGAAACGAAGCGGCCUAAGGACUCCGAGAUUCUUAAAGGAGACGGUUCGUUCUCCGACAAGACUAUGAACCAGCAAGAUUAUGUCGUAAGCAAAGGUGAGCGCUAUGAAACGAAGCGGCCUAAGGGCUCCGAGAUUCUUAAAGGAGAUGGAUCGUUCACCGACAAGACUAUGAACCAGCAAGAUUACAUCAUGAGCAAAGGUGAGCGCUAUGAAACGAAGCGGCCUAAGGACUCCGACAUUCUCCACGGAGACGGAUCGUUCACCGACAAGACUAUGAACCAACAAUAUUUUAGUAUUGCUGCGGUAGAACGCUGUGAAACAAAGUGUCCUCAUGAUUCUCUUAGUUUGAAAUCGGAAGGCAGUGUGGUUCUUCGGAAAACGGGGAAAAAAUUGUAUGUGGAGGAGUAUGUUUUGUUCGGUGAUGGGCCUUACAAGAGUAGUCGGCUGGAAGAUCUUUCAAUUUUUUCCAAUGAUCACCCAUUUGCUCGUGCUACUUUGAAUGAUGGAACUUCUACUGCGCGGAUGCAUAGGAACGAUUAUUCUUCCUUCAGGACCAGAAAUAUUGGAAGUUUUGAGAAUCUCGUGAACGACUCCAAAUGUCCUACUCGAAAUUCUGGAGUUUCCUCUGAAUUUCUCCGUGGAUCUGGUUUAGGGAAGUCUUUUAUCUGUGUUUUCUUAAUGACUUCUUAUUCGCAGCAAAAGUAA